CAAGUCUAAACGUUAAUGACCUUUGUGAUGUUCCAACAAGUUUCAAACCUCAUUAAAAAAAAACUCACCCCUAUCAUUAUCAACUGUCAUUCCUGUCUUCUAUUUCUCGAACAAGCAAAAUGGAUUUCUGCUUCCUUUGACAUCUACGUAACUGUUGUACGCAGGUGGAACCCACAGGCUCAGGGGGAAGCACCUAACAGGCGCCGCUGCCUCCAGGGUGGGCGCGCUCGUGCCCUCACGAGGUGUUGGGAAGACAUACGGGAAGCUCUCCACAUUGGAACAUCCAGCAAUCAGCAACCAACAGCCCGGGCAGGACAGGACACGGCAGCGCCGCGGGGCACCGCAUCGCCCUCCUUCUCCACAGGCGGAGGCGGGUGUGGGCGGCGCAUGCGCGGUGCGGCGCUGGCGGCGGGGCGAGAUGGUGGCGCCGCCGGCGGGCCCGAGCUGCAGGCGGCCGCCCUCUGGCUCCCCAUGACGAGCAACCAGGAGGAUUUCUUCAGGGACUACCUCAAGAUGUUGGCGAACAUCGUCAUCCUGAGCCUGCUCAUCUCGGUCUCUCUGGCGUUCUGGAUCGUGUCCAUGACUGCGAGCACAUACUACGGUAAUAUACGACCAAUUUCUCCAUGGCGCUGGCUUUUUUCACUCGUAGUUCCAGUAGUGAUUGCUACACAGGGUUUUAAGAAGAGGAGUCUUGAUCACAGUGGUGCAUUGGCAGGAUUGGUGGUUGGAUUUAUCCUUACAGUUGCAAAUUACAGUUUCUUCACUUCUUUGCUCGUAUUUUUUGCUACUUCUUCAAAACUUACUAAAUGGAAAAAAGAUAUAAAGAAACGUAUAGAUUCAGAAUACAAAGAAGGUGGACAGAGGAAUUGGUUGCAAGUAUUCUGUAAUGGUGGUAUUCCUACUGAACUGGCUAUCUUGUAUAUGAUAGAAAGUGGACCUGGUGAAAUUCCAAUAGACUUUUCAAAGUAUUACACAGCAUCAUGGAUGUGCUUAUCCCUUUUGGGAGCUUUGGCAUGCUCAGCUGGUGAUACGUGGGCAUCAGAGAUUGGUAGUGUUAUGAGUAAAAGCAAGCCAAGGCUGAUAACAACCUGGAAACAGGUUCCAGUAGGUACUAAUGGAGGAGUUACAUUAGUGGGCCUGCUCUCAAGUUUUCUUGGUGGCAUGGCAGUAGGUAUAGCCUACUACAUAACACAGCUCAUUUUCGUGAGUGAUCUGGAUAUGUCGGCUCCACAAUGGCCAAUUAUUGUGUUUGGUGCAGCAGCUGGCUUACUGGGAUCAAUUCUUGAUUCAUAUUUGGGUGCUACGAUGCAAUACAGUGGUUUUGACAAGAAUACCAGCAUGGUUGUCAGCUAUCAAACAAGAGACUGCCAGCACAUAUCUGGAAAACCUAUAUUAGACAACAAUGCAGUAAAUCUUUUUUCUUCUCUGCUUGUUGCUCUGGUGUUUCCAGCUGUGGCAUUGUGUUUCUGGCCAAGAGGUUGAAAUGGCUUAAGGCUUUCAGCAUGCAAUUCAGUUAUAUUCAAUCUUUCUUAAAGACUUCUAAGGGUGCUCUAAGAGCUCUCUUAAAGAGAGGGAUCUGAACGUUUGAGAGAGCCAAAGGACUUUCCCUCUCAACUUAUGUAAGCAUCAUAUGGCAGAAGCCAUCUUUCAGGGCAAGAAGUUUUGUCAAUAUGCUCUUGCUGCUCCUUGAGUGGGUGCAGAUCAUCGCCAAGUGAGGUAAAGCACUUUGUCCUCCUGGAGCCUAAGGGUUGGGUUCAGCGGUCUCAAUGGAGGAUCAAGAAACUGGAAAAGGAAGUCUAAUCUACAUUUACAAGUGUGAUGGAGCACUGAAGCUGCUGUCCAAGCCAGGCACAAAGUCCUUUGCAACUUUGUGUAGGCAGCGGUAACACAGGCGAAAAGGAUGAAUUCUGGUUUGUUAUUUCCUAUAAUCUAGAGUAUGUAAAGUUUUAUGGAAAUACUUUGGGGAGGAAAAUAAAGUAAGCCUUGUUGCCUAUUCUGCAUCCUGAUAAAACUUUUACUUCCCUGAAAAAUACAGGUGGUAAAAAUAAUGCUAUUACAUAAUGUUUGGUGCAAAAGGCUAUGUUUAGAAUAAAAAAAAAGUGUUUCCAGUAAGAAUAAUAAAUUUGCCCAUGUUUAUUUGAAAUUGUUGUUUCCUUACUAAUGAUAUAUACGAAGAUUGUAAACGCUGUUGUAAUGCGAUAGUUGUUAAAUUAUCUAGGAUUAAAUAUCAAAAUUUUGAAUUCACAUUCAUUGUUUUAUAAAUAUGCAGAUUGUCUCUACACAUAGAAUUACUUCAUGAUAUUUAGCAUUCCGAGCAAACUAUAUUCUUUGAUUUUUGCACAGCAGUGUAAGUUUUUCUUACUUCUUUGUGAGGCUGCUAUUCACAGAUGAGAGUCUCAACCAGAGAAGCUACAGAGGUCAUCCUCAAAGUGAGUAGAGAGUCUCAAUGGCAAAUCAUUUGGAAGAGGGAAUUCAAUUUUAGUGCUCUGUCUGCCAUAUUAGAUUGUUCCAUCUUUCAUCAUUAAUUAUAGAAGAUGUGGAAGUUACUGAGCCAGCACAGAUUGUAUUUAAACUAACUGUAUACCUUCGUAAUAACUGGAGCCAUUCAGAAGGUAGAGCCUGUACUGUUGACUUAAGCUUUUUUUUAUCUUUAGAGGUAGGUGAAUAUUUGUGUUAAAUAGCUGAUUUUUUUAUUUUUUGAACAAGCGUGUUGUGUACGUUGCCUGUCCAAAUUCAUUUGGAUCAUGUACUCUGUUGCUUUUUUUUGAGAAUAUUGAAAAAUUAUAACACCUUCCACAUUGGAUUUAUUAACUUGAAAUCUACUCUGUAAGUCUGGAAUUCAGCACUGGAACUGGUUUUAUCCAGAUAUAUAGAUGAGAUUUGAAAUGUGUAAAAGCUUUCUGAAAAGAACAAGUUGUGUGAUUGCUGUACGUUAGCCUUUCUGUGGAAAGGCACGCAACUAUAAAAGGAAUGUAUGCACUUAAUCUAUAGCAAUGGAUACAUGAUAUUUUUAUAGGUUGAGUGGAUUUAUGCUGCUUCUGCAUAAAGGCUGUGUUUGCUGGUUUUUAGGAUUUUAUUAAUACUUCUGUAAUUUCUGGAAUUAAGAAAUGCACAUUUUUGUAAGAUAAUUUCUGUUUCAAUUAAAUGCCUUAUUUUUUUUAUUAUUUUGAUUCCUGAAACAAAGUCGGCUUUCAAACACUGAAGUAGACUUAGCCUGCUUUUCACUACUGUUCAAUGUGAGUCUCGUUUUAAAAACAGCGUGUCACAGUGAGAAGGCAUCUUUAGUUUUAAAUCCAUAGCAGCAUGAAAUGCUUUUAUGUGUUGUCAUAUGAAUUAACGUGAUCCCAUCGGAGUCCUGCAGGAAGGACCUGCAAAGGCCACUAUUGAGAAUUUUACAUUUAUCUUACCUUCACAGUGGUGACACUGAGUUGCUCAUGAAAUUCCCACUCCUAAAUCUUCAAUAUUUAGUAAGAUCUGAGUACUCCUGAGCUCCAAAAAGGACAGUGUUAACUCUAGGUAUAUCAGCUGAGGUACAGCUUAGGCUAAUUUAGUUACUUCUUUUUAAUGGAAGUUACAGGGAGGAAGACACAGUAUGUGGCUGCACCUGUGAACAACCUGUUAACUGAUGCAUCACUAAGAGCCCUUACUGAGAUGAGAAAGGAGCAGACAGGAAUACUGCCUGUCCAUGUGAUGCCUGGGGAGAAAGAAAGUGUAGAAGUAAAAGGGAAAAUGAGGAGAGGAGCUGGGGUGAAAACAAAGAAAUUAAAAACGCGUGAAUGUGUUUUGCUUCAGAACUGUUGGUAGCUUUAGUAUAUGAGAUAAUUCUAUCACUAAAUUUUAUUGAAGUGCCACUAAAGUUUUCCUCAGCCCCAAGAGGAUACACUGGAUUUUUUUAACUGAAAAGUUUCAGUUGUGAAACAUUGUUCCUCAUUUUUGGCUUGAUUUUUAGAUGUGUUAGAAGUUCAAGAAAAAGUAUGAUUAUGGCAGAAUUUAUUUUUAAUAAAUAACACAUUGCAAUCA